CGUUGUCGUCAACUUCCCUCGAACAACAACACCUACUCCGUCAAAGUUCUCACCACCUCAAAGCCUCCAAUUUCUCAGCUUGUUGUUGUUCCCAACCAUAUGCCUUGCGAUUAAUAUUCGACAUCUCAUCGAAUAUACUUACACAUGGCACCACCGCCUAUGCCCAUGCCCUAUUAAAUCAAAAGAAGAAAAAUCAACAUGGCAACAAUCGAAGAAGGUCAAUUUAGCUAUAACUCGGUGCCUCUUCCAGACGCCAGCACACACGUCCGUCUACUGGAGAUUUGCCCGGCCUCUGAUAAUGAAGAUGGGCUCUACUGCAAGUUAUACGCCGCGCCCAUUGCAGACUUGCCAAGCUACAGCGCUGUAUCAUAUGCAUGGGGCGAUAACACCAAAACCCACAGCAUCUGGAUUGUGAACUACGACCGGGCACCAACAUCGACGGAGGAAGGCUUGGACAAAGAGAAUGGCCACACAUGUCUUCUUCCCAUCACAUCUUCACUGGAUACCUGUCUGCGUCAAUUCCGUACGUACAAGGAACUCCGCUUGACGCCUCUUUGGAUCGACCAAGUCUGUAUCAAUCAAGACGAUGACGAAGAAAAGUCGUGUCAGAUUCAGCUUAUGAAGCAGAUCUACUCAUCUGCAAAGGAGGUGUACGUUUGGCUCGGCCUGGAUGCUGAUGGCUCUGACGAGGUGUUCCAAGCCUUCCGCCAGGUUGGCGAGUGCAUGUGGGACUCUGACCUUUUCGGCAAGUACCGGGCUACAAAAUGGUUUCCUGCCCCUCGCGCCAUCUUUUAUAACAGAAUAGACACCCCUGAGGUCCAGGAAUUGCUUCAGAAAGUCGUACCGAUAGUUGUCCCACUGUUGCGGGAGAAGAAGUUCCUGGCUUGGUACAAGAGGAACUGGUUUUCACGGAUAUGGACCAUCCAAGAGUUUUGUCUCAAUCAGUACACCUUCUUUGUGUGUGGUGACAGAGCGGUCCUUGAUGAGGUUGUGCUCCUGGUAUGGGAAGUAUUCCUCAUUCUUCCCGACUUCCACCACGACACAAGAUUCCGGAACGCCUUCAAAGACCAUCCCGAGAUCCUUUCGUUAGUGGAUUCGGUACCAGCAACCCUACUCCCACCCCCGAUGCAGCAUCUGUUUGAAACAAAAGGGUCGUUGAAGCGUGGGAAAUGCACCUCCUUACGAGAACUACUCGUACAGGUGUCAACGCGGCUUGAUCUCGGCGACCACCGCGUCGAUAUUCUCUCUUCAAAAUAUCGGGACAGAGUUUAUGGGCUGCUUGGUCUAGCGGCCGAUGCCGAAGAGCUUGACAUUCGGCCGGAUUACAGCAAGUCCACCACCACCGCCGAGGUACUCACACAGACAGCGCGGAGUAUCAUCAAGACGGAAGGCACCGUUUCCAUUCUCCGUUUUUCACAAUUUCCAAAACACAACGUCGAGGAUCCUGACGAAGUCGGCUACUGCCUACCCGAGCAACUUCCGUCAUGGGUCCCAGACUGGGCGAACGGAACACAAUACAGCUACCAGUUCCUCGACAACGUAUUCUCAGCCUGUGGCAGAUUUUCAUCAACAGCCGACCUCAUCCCCACCUCCUCUCCGUCCAUUCUCGGCCUCUGGGGCCUGGUAGUCGACAAGAUCGAGGCCGUGGGCUUGCCAUGGCGUGCAGACUGGGGUCUGAAAGCCUACCACCGCUACAUCCUCCAGUACUUUGCCAUUGUCAAAGACAUGAAGCGUCGCUCAGCAGAAAAGAAUUCUUUUUCUAGCGACGAUGAUGACGACAUAUUAUACCCCAGCCCCUCAAGACGCAAUCAAGCAUUAUGGCGCCUGGCACUCGGCGACUGCUACGUGAACGGCCCGCAAAAACGAGGAAGGGCAACGGCCGAUGACGUUGUCCCAGUUUUUAUGAAGUUAAUCGACCACUGCAACUUUUGCUGUUCCGUGGACGAGAAACUACAACAGCAGCAGCAGCAAAGCAAAACCGGUAGCGGCAACAACAACAACAACAACAACAACAACGACAAUAACAACAACGUCGUACCAUCACCCCCCGAACUCGACCAGGAAACCCUCGAUUUCAUGGUCGAUCGCUGGGACGAGCUCCAGUCCAAAGGAUCAUACCUGAAUAACAUGAUGCACAUGGACGGAAAACGUCCGUAUCUCACUGCUCAGAAGGGGUACCUGGGCAUGGCGCCCAAGCACGCGCAGCCCGGUGAUGUGGUGGUCCUGCUGUGUGGGGAUACCAUACCGUAUGUGCUCAGACCAACAGGACAUGAAGAGGACGGCGGCGACGACGACGAUCAUAACAGUACAUCUAGUAGUAGUAACACGUACACUUUUGUGGGCGAGGCUUAUUGUGAUGGGAUCAUGGAUGGGGAGUUGGAGGGCAGGUUGGAGAGGGAGAGGCACGAGUUUUUCCUUGUAUGA